UUUUUCCACACUCCCCAGAGAGAAUCAGAGAAAUUUUUUCCGAAUUAGAAAAAUAAAAAAAUCCAGUCGAAAUUAUCUCAUCAUCAUGUCAUUUCUCGGUAGCUUGCCGUCUUCCGCCAAGCCACCCGGACCAGCCACCGCCGACGGCGGUGCUGCUGACCCAUCACUCCCCCUGAAGAACCUCUCCGCUGUCCAAACCCGAAUGGACACGCUCCAGAAAUUCCUCUCCGUUUCAGUCCAGAGCAAUACUUUGAUUAGUAAAGACCAUAUGGAUAUGGUUUCCACUGAGAUCGCUUCUGCUAUUCACCAGAUCAUAGUCAACGGCGCCGCGCUUCUGGCGUGUGCUCAAACCCCCAAUUUCGCCUCCGUUUCCUCUGUUCCCGAGUCAACCCGUGUAGAUACUAGUGUAGUUUUGGUUGAGAAGGAGCUAGAGAAACUAAUUGACCCGAAAAUGGAAGCUGUGGAAGAAGAGAUUGGAGAUGAUUACGAGAUCUUGGAGCUCGAUGCGGUGGAGCUUUUAGCUGAGCAUGUUCAUUUUUGUGAGAUUUGCGGUAAAGGGUUCAAGAGGGAUGCGAAUUUGAGGAUGCAUAUGAGGGCCCACGGGAAUCAGUUCAAGACGCCGGAGGCGUUGGCUAAGCCGGAGAAAUGUUCCGACGCUGGUCUAAUCGGCGGUGGAUUGAUGAGGAAGACGAGGUUUUCUUGCCCUUAUGUGGGCUGUAAUCGGAAUAAGCAGCAUAAGAAGUUCAGGCCCUUGAAAUCCGCGGUUUGUGUGAAGAAUCAUUUCAAGCGGAGCCAUUGUCCCAAGAUGUAUUCUUGUAAUAGGUGUAAUAAGAAGAGUUUCUCGGUUCUGGCGGAUUUGAAGAGCCAUUUGAAGCAUUGUGGGGAGACUAAAUGGAAGUGUUCCUGUGGGACGAGCUUCUCGCGUAAGGAUAAAUUGUUUGGUCACAUGGCUUUGUUUGAAGGGCAUAUGCCGGCGGUUGCGGAGGAGGAAGGUGGAGAGAAGGGGAAAGGGGUGGUGGUGACGGUGGAAGUUGAUGAUGAUGAUGAUGAAGAUUCGCAUCCAGCUGUAAAGGAAACGGAUAUGGAAAUGGAAAUGGACGUGGAUAAUGGUUUCUUUGAUGGAUUGCUUGAUGGAUUUGGUUCCAUGGAAAGUUAUAGUUUCCAGGAUCUACUGAGCAGCUCCUCCCCUAAUGUUGUUCCUAACACUGAAAUGGAUGAUGGGUUCUUCAACUUUUGACUGGUUCAUUCCACUGCUAGAAGUACUUGUUCUUUUUGUUGUUGUUGUUGUUCAUUACUUUCUUUUAUUUAGCCUUUGUUUUUUGGUACAGAUUUCGAAUUCUUUGUAAUAAUAAAGUUAGGCCCUUUUUGUUAUUUGUUUCUUUGUCCAAUUUAAGCAGCUGCAUAUUUCCUUGUUUUGUCAUCCUGUUUCUUGUUCUCCUUCUCUGUUCCUUUUCAUAUGGGUUCAUAUCACUUUGAUGCCUGAGUAUGUGGAAUCAUUUUUUCAUAGCAUAGAUUUUGUCAACUGUUGGCACUCGACAUGUUGAGAACUGAGAAGUGGUGAUGGAUUUGGUUUUGGAUUCAGGGUUAGGCACGGAACUCUGCCAAUGUAUGAGGAUUCUUAUGAAGCAAAUAACAAAGUGUGGUGGUUAUUGUGGUUGAAUUCAGGUUGAUUGUUCUCUAUGUUGAGAACUGAUCAAAAUGAUGAUGAUUUCGUACUUUCUUCAUACCAGUAAAACACAUAAUCAUCAUCAUAAAGGUAGGUAGCAACUCAAACAAGGAUUGCAAUUUCUCCACCACCCAUGGCUUUUGCAGGUUCUAUAUGUUCUGUUGGUUUUAGAUUUGAGCAUUAUCAGAAACAAAGCAUUUCCUGAAUAAUUCAUGUCGGUGAAGGUGAUUAUGAAAAUGCAACCUGGGAAGAAGUAGAUGGAGGAGACUUUGGUGGUUCAAAUGGGAAUUUUCCGUUAUGAGAGUACUAAUCCAAUGAAUAUAGAUGCAGUCUUGAUCUUGAAGAUUUACCACAUUUCCACAUUCUUUCACUUUUUUGCGGAACUUUUGUAAUCAGGUUCCUGCGCUGUAGCUAGUUGUCUGCUUUUUGGAGUUGAAAAAGGCCG